GAGCUGCUGCCCCCCGGCUCCCAGACAAGCUGCCCCCCCACCCCCCCAGGAGCUGCUGCCCCCCCCCGCCAACACCCAAGAGCUGCUGCCCCCCGGCUCCCAGACAAGCUGCCCCCCCACCCCCCAGGAGCUGCUGCCCCCCCCGCCAACACCCAAGAGCUGCUGCCCCCCGGCUCCCAGACAAGCUGCCCCCCCCCCCCAGGAGCUGCUGCCCCCCCCCCCGCCAACACCCAAGAGCUGCUGCCCCCCCGGCUCCCAGACAAGCAGCCCCCCCGGCCAACACCCAGGAGCUGCUGCCCCCCGGCUCCCAGACAAGCAGCCCCCCCCGCCAACACCCAGGAGCUGCUGCCCCCCGGCUCCCAGACCAGCUGCCCCCCCAGGAGCUGCUGCCCCCCCUCACGCCCCGUCCGCCUGCCUGAAGUCCCGCGGCUGCGCCCCGGCUUCCCCCCGGCCCGUCUCUCGGCUCAGUCCGGCGGCCCCGGGGCAUGGAGAACGCGCACAGCUCGCCGGCGGCCGCGGUGCUGCAGCGCUUCGGGGUGCGGGAGAGCUGCGGGCUGAGCCCCGAGCAGGUCCGCCGGAGCCGGGAGAAGUACGGACCCAACGAACUCCCUACUGAAGAAGGAAAGUCGCUCUGGGAGCUGGUGCUGGAGCAGUUUGAAGAUCUCCUUGUGCGCAUUCUUCUCUUGGCUGCCGUUGUGUCAUUUAUCCUGGCCUGGUUUGAAGAAGGUGAAGAGAUCACUACUGCAUUUGUAGAGCCAGUUGUCAUCAUGCUGAUUCUCUUAGCCAAUGCUGUUGUGGGGGUUUGGCAGGAGAGAAAUGCGGAGAGUGCUAUUGAAGCCUUAAAGGAAUACGAGCCAGAAAUGGGAAAAGUGAUCCGUACCGACAGAAAUGGAGUCCAGAGGAUCCGGGCUCGGGAUAUUGUUCCUGGGGAUAUUGUAGAAGUGGCAGUUGGUGACAAGGUGCCAGCCGAUAUCCGGAUCAUCGAGAUCAGAUCCACGACAUUACGGGUUGAUCAGUCGAUUCUCACAGGUGAAUCUGUGUCUGUGAUUAAACAUACUGACCCAAUUCCUGACCCCAGGGCUGUCAAUCAGGACAAGAAGAACAUGCUUUUCUCUGGUACCAAUAUUGCAGCUGGUAAGGCUGUUGGAGUCGUCAUUGCCACCGGGGUAUACACAGAAAUUGGGAAGAUCAGGAAUCAGAUGGUUGCAACUGAGGCAGAGAAGACGCCAUUGCAACAAAAGCUGGAUGAGUUCAGCCAGCAACUCUCCAAGGUCAUUUCUGUGGUCUGCAUAGCUGUCUGGGUCAUCAAUAUCAGUCACUUCAGUGACCCGGUCCAUGGCGGCUCUUGGUUUCGUGGGGCUAUCUACUAUUUCAAGAUUGCUGUGGCCUUGGCUGUGGCUGCCAUCCCUGAGGGUCUCCCUGCUGUCAUCACCACUUGUCUGGCAUUGGGCACACGCCGCAUGGCCAAGAAGAAUGCUAUUGUGAGGAGCCUUCCUUCAGUGGAAACGCUGGGCUGCACCUCUGUCAUCUGCUCUGACAAGACUGGUACCCUUACCACCAAUCAGAUGUCUGUCUGCAGGAUGUUUAUUAUCGAGAAGAUUGAGGGGAUCCACUGCAGCCUACAUGAGUUCAGUAUCACAGGAUCCACCUAUACCCCGGAGGGAGAGAUCCUGAAAGAUGACAAGCCCGUUCGGUGUGGACAGUAUGACGGCCUGGUGGAACUAGCCACUAUCUGUGCUCUCUGCAAUGACUCCUCUCUGGAUUAUAACGAGUCAAAAAACGCCUACGAGAAGGUGGGAGAGGCAACUGAAACAGCCCUGAUCUGCCUGGUAGAAAAGAUGAACGUCUUCAACACUGAUACAAGCAACCUCUCGAAGGUGGAGAGAGCCAGUGCCUGCAACUCUGUGAUCAAGCAGCUGAUGAAGAAAGAGUGCACCCUGGAGUUCUCCCGCGACCGCAAAUCGAUGUCUGUCUACUGCACUCCUGUAGGUUCCAGCCACACCUCUGCUAGCAGCAAGAUGUUUGUCAAGGGCGCCCCCGAAAGUGUGAUUGAACGCUGCAACUAUGUUCGUGUCGGCACUACCCGGGUCCCCCUCACGCUCUCCGCUAAGGAGAAGAUCUUGUCCAAGAUCCGGGAAUGGGGGACUGGCAUUGACACCCUGCGUUGCCUCGCUCUGGCCACCCAGGACACCCCCUGCAAGAAAGAGGAGAUGCAGCUGGAAGACUCGACCAAGUUCAUUAACUACGAGACUAGCCUAACCUUCGUGGGCUGCGUAGGGAUGCUGGACCCUCCCCGGAAGGAAGUGAUGUCAUCCAUUGAGAUGUGCAAGAAAGCUGGCAUCCGGGUCAUAAUGAUCACUGGGGACAACAAAGGCACAGCCGUGGCCAUCUGCCGGAGGAUUGGGAUCUUCUCAGAGAAGGAGGAUGUGACGGACAAGGCCUACACCGGCAGGGAGUUUGAUGAUCUCCCCCCGGAGACACAGCAGGAGGCUUGCCGCUCGGCCUGUUGCUUCGCCCGAGUUGAACCUGCUCACAAGUCCAAGAUAGUCGAAUACCUACAGUCUUUCCAUGAGAUUACAGCCAUGACAGGAGAUGGAGUGAAUGAUGCCCCUGCCCUGAAAAAGGCUGAGAUUGGCAUUGCCAUGGGCUCUGGUACAGCCGUAGCAAAAUCGGCAGCGGAGAUGGUGCUAUCUGAUGACAACUUCUCCACCAUCGUAUCUGCCGUUGAGGAGGGCAGAGCCAUCUACAACAACAUGAAGCAGUUCAUCCGCUACCUCAUCUCUUCUAAUGUUGGAGAGGUUGUCUGUAUUUUUCUGACUGCAAUCCUGGGCUUGCCUGAAGCUCUGAUCCCAGUCCAGCUGCUCUGGGUGAACCUAGUGACAGACGGGCUACCUGCCACUGCUCUUGGAUUUAACCCCCCUGACCUAGACAUCAUGGACAAACUUCCCCGCAACCCAAGAGAGCCCCUCAUCAGUGGCUGGCUUUUCUUCCGCUACCUUGCCAUUGGAGUAUAUGUUGGAUUGGCAACUGUGGGAGCAGCUACCUGGUGGUUCUUGUAUGAUGCUGAAGGGCCGCAAGUUACCUUCUACCAGUUGAGGAACUUCAUGAGAUGCACAGAGGACAACCCCAUCUUUGAAGGCAUUGACUGCGAAAUCUUCGAGUCCCGUUACCCAACCACUAUGGCUCUGUCGGUGCUAGUGACGAUUGAGAUGUGCAAUGCUCUCAACAGUGUGUCUGAAAACCAGUCACUGCUGAGAAUGCCACCAUGGCUCAACAUCUGGCUGCUGGGGACAAUUGUAAUGUCCAUGGCACUGCACUUCGUGAUUCUCCAUGUGAAGCCUAUGCCUCUGAUCUUCCAAGUGACCCCCCUGAGCUGGCCGCAGUGGGUGGUCGUGUUGAAAAUUUCCUUGCCUGUUAUCCUGCUCGAUGAAGGACUCAAGUACCUUUCCCGCAACCACCUAGAAGGAAUUCUCAGGACAGUCAGACACACGUGGAGCGGGGAGCACCAGCUGAAAACCUGCAGGAGUCCAGAUCAAACAGGGAGAAGAGGGGAAGAAAUGAAUGACAUAAAGGAAACUCACUUUCUAAAUGAAGAAACCCUAAGCUAUAACUCGGACUGAAGUCUUGCAUGUUUGACCAUCACUAGGAGCCAGCAGGACGUGCAUGUGUCCAACUAUCAGACUAAUGCGGGUGAAUCGUCGAGAAGAAAAAUACUGAUUUUGUUUUUGUUUUGUAGCUUUUUUCCCUGUACGUAAUGGUGCAAUUACUGGACAGCUAAAUUAUAGUUUGGGGAUGGAACUAUAUGUAACUGAGUCAUUGUAACACAGCUCCUUGGGGGUCUGCUCCUGAAAAGUUUGAGACCCUUUUAAAAAAAAUAGCCCCAAUUUGUGAGCUCAGUAAGACAUCUUUUGUUUUGUAAAAAUGUGGUAGGUGGGAGGUCAUGCUUUCACAGUGGUGCACAGUAUCUGUGCAUGAGCAGUGAUGACAGAGGUGCAUUCCAGAACUGUGAUGUGGCACAACAGACAGCAUCUCAGUACCAAGGAAAAGCUUAUCUGUGUGUAUGGGCUGGGGAGGUAAGCAAAGAAAGGUGCAUGGGAUGCAACAGGUUUAUUCCAAUUGACUUCCAAUUUAGUAGAGUGAUAUCCACUAAAGUAUAAUACCUAGGUGGCAAUGUUAGUGCUCUGGUAGCCACACUGCCUACAUGUCUAGCUUUGGUGGUUUCAGUGUACCUGUAUCCUGGUAUAAUUACCAGAGUUGUAGCUCUUGUGGACAUGUAUUUACUUGCAAAGAUUUUUGUGGUGGAAGUUGAAACUUCCUCUAUAUAUCAUAUUAUUCUCUAUUCUCUUUUCCUCUUGUGAAAAUCUUGCACCUCAGGCUCAUCUGACACCAAAGCAUGACCCAGUCCUCUUGUCCUUUCUCUUUUGUAUAACACCUUGUUAGCUCCCUUUUUGUGCUAAGCAUCUCCACUUAAACAGCUUAAAACUUUGGAAAUGGAGAACUCUGGAUCCCACUGCAUCUAGUGCUCAUUGCUGGUCAAAUUUUCUGACUAGGUAAAUAUAGAUUACCUAGUUUUUAAAAUAUGAUUACAUUGAAGGUAGAAUAAAAGACUUAAAAGGCAGUUGUCUAUUAGUUAAUGUCAGUUUUGGGAGACAAUCUGUGCUCCCAAUAUGAUGAUGAAAAAGGGAGAGGUGAUCACAUGAGAGCAAAGGUUGUCUCCAAAAAAUUGACUUUAACAAUUGCCUUUAAGACUUUUAUUCUACCACCUAUCUAAACUUAUUUUUGAAACUCACAUAGAACAUUUGACCAGGAAUGGGCAGUAGAUGUGGUAGGAUCCAAAGUUCAUGAUGAAAAGGAAAAAGAUGCCUACACUUUUCAUUCCUUCUAAACUUCACCCAGGUGUAUGCCGGAGCACUGGAGUCAGUUAUUGCUUUGCUUUGCUAUUAUUUUGCUCCAUUCCUAUCUGGAUCAGUUUCCAUUUUAUUUUUUAAGUCUCUUAAAACCCCCAGUGCUUUUUGUCUUUCUUCCGUGCAGGCCAGCUGGCUGAACUUCGACAAGCUGGCAACCGUAGGUACAGUACCUGCCAAACACCAUCCUUUCCUUUCUCUCCAUCACCAGCAUUGAAAAAGAUGGGUCGCGCCCCCAGACCAAUGGGAAUGUACAGACUUGUUAUACUACUGAGCUGAUUUAAUUGUACAGAAAACCUUGCAUGAAAUGUUGUUACUGUAUUUAAUAUAGAAUGUACUCAAGGAAUUUUAAUAUGGAGCUUGUAAAAAACAAACAUCUUUAUAGAUACUAUGUGAUUACUGGAAAAUCGUUCACCGAAAAAUCACUAUUUGCGUUCUUUGAGAAUUUUUCUUUUCCCAGCAUGUUUUGUAUGUCAGUUUAUUGAGCUGAUUACACAGGCUGGCUGAUUGCUUUUUAGAGAGAAUUUUCUAUUGUGGGUGGAACUUACCCUUGAGCAGAGGGUCAGCAGAUGACCCAUAUACCUCUUAAGCUCUCUAAAAACGGUUUACGUGGGACUUAAGUGGUGUGUGGGCCAUGUAUCUUUCUGUACAGUGGUGAAUUCCCGCUUGUUUUAUUACAAAGAUCUCCAUUGCUCCAUGGCUUUCUGAACAGCCUGGGAAAUAACCGGUAGGAAUUUAAUCAAAGAUUUAAGGGCCAAAUUCAGCCCUCAUGUAACCAGAGCAACUCCAUUGACUUCAGAAGAACUGUUUCUGCUUAUUCCAGGGUUGAAAUUGAUCCUCAACAUCCUGCCCACCCUAUUUGGGGGUGGGGGGGGGGUGUCCGUGGAGUGUAGUGCAACCAGAGCUGUCUGGUCUGUACCUGGUCUGUAAGUUGUCCCUGUUGGUACAUGUUCAUAUCCAUCAGAGAUCCAUAUUGGAUUAUAGGGAGUCUUGGCCAGAUCUGCAGCUCCUGUGAAUCUGUGUUGCUCUACUGGAAUUACAUUGAUUUACACCAGCUGAAGAUGUGACUUGUGACUUUUUUGGUACCCAAAUGUGUGUGUUUUCUAAAGCUUUUGAUACUAUUUUAAACUCUGUAACAAAGAGGGAUUAAAAUAUUUACAAAACCUGUGUCUUGGGCAAGCGUGGGACAGGCAAAGAUAUGAUGUCAGUAACGUUUAAGUCUUCUAUUAAAUUCCUUUGGUCAUUUUUCUUUGCCUCAUCUGAAGCCAGGAAGAUGGAGACAAUUAUGUUAAGUCAUUGUGAUUGCACAUUGUGAGGAAGAGGCAGGGGCAAUGUGAGUUUCUAUUGGAUUGGUUUUAAUUUAUGAUCAACACAACUAAAAUGCACUAUGGUGGUUCACUGUGCCUGAUGAUGGAUUGAAAUUGUGACAUUACAGGAUAUGAAAUUCAACAAAUAGAGUGCAACAACUCACAGCCAUGUUCCAUGCCAGAGGUUUACUCUUCCCAGUAGCAGCAGGUUUGGUCUUAAAAUUCUGUUUGUUAAUUUCUGUUAAAAUUCUUUUCACUGUAAGCUUCUGGGUCAAAUCAGUGGAACCUGCACUAGGGUCACCUCCUACAUGUAUUCACUCUGCUAAGGGUGACCUAUUUUAAAGUGUCCCCAUUUUCUAGUAUGAUCCCUCAUUGAAGAACCAUGUCUCAUUUUUUCUUUUGUUGCUUGUCACUUAACUGGCUGCUUUAAGACUGGUUUCCCGAUAGACAUUUUGGGGUUGUGGGGCAUUAUAGUUCAAAUAUUUUAAUGAAGUAGAAAAAUAUCCUUAGAUCAAAUUUAUUUUUCCUUUAUGUUUUGGUGAAGGGUCAGGAUAAAUCGCAUAGAAGUUGUUGUUUGUUAUUUGUAUGUCACAGCAGUGUGCUGGCUGCUUUAACGUGCUGUAGUGUUCUUCUGUGAAUUUGAAGGUGGUUAAAGACCUAAUCCCAUUGAUUUCAAUAUGGUUAGGAUCACGUCUGAAUUGCAUCUUAUUGAAACAUUUGAUUGUGUGCAAUAGAAUGGAGAUGUGCACUGGAGUGGCUUUUUUUUUUAACUCUCUCUUCCUGAUUGCAUGUUGCAAAAGGAGGCCUGUGGGGAAAAGCUGUCUAGGCUCACUUCUGUUGGAAACCAGGAUCUAGGAAUCGCAAUCAUUGCCUUUUGGUGUAUUCAGAUUCUUUAUAAUAGUUUAGUCUCUUUCCAACAAUAUUUCCAGCCAGCCUGGGCCAUUACAAUAGAUCCUCCUAAACAAAAGGAGCAAAUCAUUCAUCAUGCAUCACAGCCUGAGCACCAGAAAAGUAGCCUUUGUGGUUGUCCACGAGCACUUUAAAUUAAUUUCUCAGGGGCCAUUCACCAUGUUGGAUCACACCUGUAAAAUAAAGGUAGGAGGCAAAGUAGAGGCUCUCCUCCCUUAGCAGAGUGCCAAGUGUGAGCAUUGGGCAAUGGCUAUGAAGUCCACAUUAUGCUGUUUGAGGACUUGAAUAUCCUUGUGGCCGAUGACUGGAUAAACUCUCUCCUAACAAGAACUCUCCCAUGGAACAUCCAUCAUCUGGGAAGGGUGCAUUAUGUAUGUGAAAAGACUGUUGCUGCAUGUGAGGGGACGGGGGGGGGGGGGUGGGAGAUUACUAGUAUCACAUCUGAAAUUUGUUUUCUUCCUUCAUUCCUCUGUUCCAAAGUUCUUGAUUCUGAUUCUAUACAUUGAUUGGCAUGGUGCCUUUCAAGAGAAUCUGGCACUGUCAUGAUGACACUGUCCUAUUUACAUGUUUCUAACACUUGGCCAAUCCAAGACCAGGGUGGUACCAUAAGGUGUCAGAAUAGUGAGAAAUUGGAGGUUUGGCCUUUAUGGGAAGACUUGGUGGGUAACUUUAAAGGGACCCUUAAUUCAAACAACAAAUGUGGGGCUGAGGAAAAGGGUUUGUAAAUGGAGCUUUUGGGAAGCCCCAUCCUAUGUAGGUGCACAGUACAGUAGAUGGGUGGGGUAUGAAAAGCCAGAUCAACAGAAGGAUCCUGAGAUGGCAAGUUUCAGUUCCUGUUAUACACUUCACAUUUACUAUGCUGCUUAGAAUUUAAAGCCCUGGUCCUGCCAACACUCGGGUGUAGCUUUAUGCAUACAGAGCUUGAUCUAACAACCAUUGUAGUCAAUGGGUGUUGUUUCAUUGAUUUCAAUCAGCUUUGGGUCAGACUGAUGAGUCAGUCCCAUUAAACUUUAACAGACACACGUCUGCAAGAUUAAGGCCUAGAUUUGUUUUUUGUAUCAUGGAAUAGCCACCUUCUUAAAUAGAAGAAUAAUUGCAUGAGAUUCCUGACUGAAAAAUUAAUGGGUGGAAGAGCUUAGUAUUGCUGCAGAAAAUCACAGGAUCAUCCCAUCUCACUAUUAAUACUUCACAUUCUGAACCACUGUAGGCACAGACCAGGUAAGACACACCAAACAAAUAUCCAAUGGAGAAAACCUUUUAAGGCGUACUCUCCAAGAGGGUUGCUUUGGGCGCUGGCCAUGGUCCUGAUUAAAGAAAAGAAGCCAAAAAUGGAGCAUUGAUUGAAAGGCCAUAUCAUGCAUACAAAGGGUCUGCACUGGGAUUUAAUAUCUCUAUGGGCCCUCCCGCAAUCAUUUGGCAAUUUAUCCAUCAUCCUUAGGAGUCUCCUCCCUUUUUUUUUCUCCAACCCCUGCUUUAUUUUCUUUUUCAUUAGGACAUUUUCUAGGUUGAACAUGUUCCUGGCAUGGAUGAAAAACACUUCAGACCCCCAUAAUGUUUCUCUAAAGAGUUGCAUACAUGCAACCUGUGUUUUCUCUAUGCUGUGACAUGUAUUUUUGUAACAAUCUAGAUGUUUUCAAAGGUUUUAUCUUCUCUUAUCCCCUCCUACCAUCAAUCUACCUGUCUCAUCAAUCCCCGAACCACUGAUUUCCAAAGUAUUUUUAAUACUCAGAUUUUCACUGCCACUUUCUCCCACCAGUUUUUGAUUAUCUACCAACCCUCCAGUGCUAUCUUUGAACUGCAUGUCAGCCUGUUCAUUCAGCUUAGCAAGAGAAGAGCAGUGGAGGUGGUUUUAUGCUGCCAAUUAAAGACCUCUAGACCCUAGGUUGGUAACGGUGGUUUCUGUUGGGCAUAGAUUGGGAUGAUCCUGGGUUUAGGGUAUGCAGGAAUAAAAUUAGUGAAAAGACAGAUAUGGAGGAGAUACAAGUGUACCUUGCAUCCUCUCCUUUUGGUGCCAUUCAGCUUUUGGUAAUGUAAGAAUGGAAAACGAAAUGAGUCUAGAAUAGAUCUCUGUGCUCUGUAUCUACAAGAGCCUAAAUAGGUAGGUGUACCCUACCUUAGGGAUAUCUGUAUAGCAGACUCAUGCCCAUGCUAUGUGGAGUCUGUGCUGUGUUUUGUCAGUGUACUCAAGACCAUGGAAGAGAGAAAACACUGACUUGUUUACAGGUGUCAUUAGUGUCAUGGCUUGAAUCUCUGAAUGUAGCAAUUUUGCUACAAUGCCUGAGCAGCCAAAUCUAGAAACCUUGUUGAGUUUGCACUUAGUAGUGAAAGAUAAAUUGUUACAUCUUUUUAAAAAGAGUUGUUUGGGAGUAGAAUUGAAACAAACAAGGUUUCCUAUUUUAUUAUGAGAGAUAUUUUUCCACUAAAUUACUGAUUCCUAAAUGGUGUACUUUGUCUGAUGUAAAUAGCCAGGUGUAUCAUGAAGACUUAAGAAGGGUCAUUGUAGUCACAUAUGUAUGAUCCACUCUGUUCGCACAAUAUUGAGCUGAUUUGUUUUAUACUUAUGAAAUUACAGAAAUAAAAGCAAUUUUACUGGA